AUGGAUAUUGAUGAUUCUAAUUCAUCCAAUGAUAAUGAAGAAUAUGAAAUGGAAGAGGAUAGAGAAUUUGAAAUGUUAUGUGGAUUAGCUUUGAAAGGGAUAAUAUUCGCUCGUAACUUACGUACGCCAUGUCACACUUCAGACCGUACAGGGCACAUGUUUAUUAAUGAAGUACUAAAUGGUCAUCCUAGAUGUUGUUAUGAGAUGUUUAGACUCAACGUACCGGGUUUUAGACAGUUAUGCAUAGAUCUUACUACAAAUUACGGGCUACAACAAACACGAAAAGUAUCUAUUGAGGAGUCUGUAGGAAUAUUCUUGAUGACUUUGGCUCAUGGGCGUAGCAAUAGAUUUGUGCAAGAAUUUUUUAAUCAUUCGGGGGAAACGAUUCACAGGCAUUUCCAUACAGUUUUGGAAGCCGUGCUAAAACUGAGUGCCGACAUCAUCAAGCCAGACGCAAACUAUAAUGAUGAUGAAUAUAUAUUAGAUAAGCUUCAGUAUUAUCCAAUGUUCAAGUUUUAUGUUUUUACUACUUGUUUGAAACGUAUAAUAAAUGUUUUUUUAUUUACAUAUAAAUAUUACGUUGUUGAUGCUGGAUAUCCAAAUACGAGAGAGUAUCUUGCUCCAUACAAAGGCACAAAUAUUCAUUAUCAUUUACCAGAUUUUCGACGUGGAUACACGGCUGCUAUUCAUGAACCUCGUGGAUCGAAAAAGAAAUUUAACUAUCUCCACUCAUCAUUGCGAAAUAUCAUUGAACGAACUUUUGGAGUGUGGAAAGCUAGGUGGGCGUUAUUAAGAGACAUGCAUGCUAAUUACAAGUACAAGAACCAAGUGAGAAUUGUGAUAGCAUCGAUGUCGAUCCAUAACUACAUUAGAAAGCUUGGUAGGUUUGAUGAAGUGUUUAAUAGGGCACAACAAGAAUCCUACAAUCCCGUACGAGGUGAUACCGGUAAUGAUGUUUACGAAGAAGGUCCAAGUACACGUCGCACGAGCGAUGAUGAUUUACAUAUGACAACAAUACGGGAUAUUAUUGCACAAGAUAUAAUCACAUUGCGAAGAUGA